AUGAAAGUUGAGGAGAUAGCAGAAGAUAGCGACGAGAACGGCAAUGGAGCGGCCGGUGGGGAGGAACCGCCGACAAACAGCGUGCAGGCCAACUGCGGAGGAGCUGCCAACAACAUGGAGAACCUCUGCGAAGACCUCGACGCCUUCCUCUUCGAGGGGCCAGACGAGGAGGCGCAGGCGCGGCCGCGCGGCGCCAACCUGAGCCGGCGCAGCAGCAGCGGGCUGCGACCGCACUCGAACCGCCCGGCUGUCGCCGCCGCCGCCGCCGCCGCGGGGCGCUGCAGCAACGCCCUCGCGCACAACAUCGGCCAGUACUACAACUGGCAGGCGACGAAGACGACGUGCCGCGAGCGUCUCGCGUUCCUCUUCAACAACGAGAUACUCUCCGACGUUCACUUCAUGGUCGGCGUUCCGCUGCCGCAGCAGCAGCGCAUCCCCGCGCACAAGUUCGUGCUGUCGGUCGGCAGCGCCGUCUUCGACGCCAUGUUCAACGGGCCGAUGUCGGAGGACACGACCGCAGCGCUCGAGAUUGCGCUGCCGGACGUCGAGCCGGCGGCCUUCCUCGCGCUGCUGCGCUUCCUCUACUCGGACGAGGUGCACAUCGGGCCGGAGACGGUCAUCACGACGUUGUACACGGCGAAGAAGUACGCGGUGCCGGCUCUCGAGCAGCACUGCGUCGACUUCCUCAAGAAGAACCUGAGCAGCGACAACGCGUUCAUGCUGCUCACGCAGGCGCGGCUCUUCGACGAGCCACAGCUCGCCGCGCUCUGCCUCGAGACGAUCGACAAGAACACGACGGAGGCGCUCGCCGCCGAGGGCUUCGCCGAGAUCGACGCCGAGACUCUGGUCGCCGUGCUCGAGCGCGACACGCUGCGCAUCCGCGAGGCGCGGCUGUUCGGCGCGAUCGCGCGCUGGUCGGAGGCGGAGUGCAUGCGCCGACAGACGGCCGUCGUGCCGGAGACCCAGCGCGUCGUGCUCGGCCGCGCGCUCUCGCUCAUCCGCUUCCCGCUGAUGACCGUCGAGGAGUUUGCGAACGGGCCGGCGCAGUCGGGCAUCCUCACCGACCGCGAGGUCGUCAGCCUCUUCCUGCACUUCACCGUGAAUCCGAAACCCACAGUCAACUUUCUGGACGUGCCACGCUGCUGCAUGACAGGGAAGGAACAGACCGUCUGUCGGUUUCAGAAGAUUGAGGGACGAUGGGGGUACAGCGGUACGAGUGACCGCAUUCGGUUUUUGGUGGAUCGACGUGUUUUCGUCGUCGGAUUCGGUCUGUUUGGUUCCAUCCACGGACCGGCGGAGUACCAAGUAAAUAUACAGAUCAUUCACACUGGAACCGGAAAGCACAUGGGGCAGAACGACACGAGUUUCAGCUGUGAUGGAACAAACGGCACGUUUCGCGUCAUGUUUCAUGAACCCGUCGAGAUCGCACCCAAUACAAACUACACGGCUUGUGCAACACUGAAGGGACCGGAUUCCCAUUACGGCACUAAAGGCCUGAGGAAGAUGGUGCAUGAGUCCCUCACAAGUGCCAAGGUGACCUUCCACUUCACCUACGCGGCAGGCAACAACAACGGAACGUCUGUAGAGGAUGGUCAGAUCCCAGAGGUCAUCUUCUACACAUGAACACCGACUAGUGCAUGCGUAUGAGACCGUUCGUUGGAACACAAACAGUUCAUAGUGAACAUGCUGGUGAACGGUCGUGCAGAACAUACGUGAUGUGAACAGAACUGGUUACUUACACAUGCACGUCGCUGAUCAU